CUGCCAUUUUGAUCUGUGCUCGCAAAGCGAAAAGAGGCCAUUGGAGAAAGCUGCAAAAUUUUCCACAAUUUUAAAUAAUAUACUGCAUACAAAUUAUGGCAGAUGAGGAUUUAUCUCUGAAUGAAGAUCCUCUGCUAGAUACUUUAGAUGAUGGGAAUGAUGUGAGUUUAUCGGAGGAUGGAAAUAUGCAAAUUGACCCAGAAUUAGAGGCAAUAAAAGCACGUGUAAAGGAGAUGGAAGAGGAGGCUGAAAAGCUGAAACAGCUACAGUCUGAAGUGAAUAAGCAAAUGACAAUGGGAUCACCCACAGGGCUGACGCCCAUUCCUCUCUCGCUGGAUGAGAAAAUGGAAAUAGACAAUCGGUCGGUGUAUGUGGGCAAUGUAGACUAUGGGGCGACAGCUGAGGAGCUUGAAGCACAUUUUCAUGGCUGUGGUACCAUCAAUCGAGUCACAAUUCUCUGCAAUCGGGCCGAUGGGCACCCCAAGGGUUUUGCCUACAUCGAAUUUGGGUCUAAGGAGUACGUCGAAACGGCACUCGCCAUGAAUGAAACCCUGUUCCGGGGACGACAGAUCAAAGUGAUGUCCAAGAGGACAAAUCGACCAGGACUCUCAACCACCAAUCGUUUCCCGCGGGGUACUUUCCGGGGCCGAGGAGCAUCCAGAGCUGGACGCUCCUGCUGCCACACGAGUUUCCGCGGCACGAGACGUCCAAUACGGGGCUAUCGUGGUCGGGCUAAUUACUAUGCGCCAUAUUGACGGAGGGCCGCCUUGUUCAGCUAUUAUGAUUAUAUUUUACUGUAAAAAAAAGAAAGCAUUUUCAAAAAACAUUAUUCCCUGAAAAAAAGAGACAAAACAGAAAAUAAAUCAGCAAAAAAAAAGUUAAAUGCCUAAGAUGCAUUUUUGCCAAAAGAGAUCAAAGAAACUAUAAUGUUUUUUGAACAACACACAAAAAAAAGAAUGGGAAUACAAAAAAAAAAGACUUGAAAAAAAAUUACCAGAGAAGAGAAAGGAAAAAAAAGAGAAAAGAUGCCAGAAAAAAGAGGAAAAAGAAAAAGAACAAAAAAGGCAUGAGGAAAAGAGAAAAAAAAAGAUGAAAAUGCUGGAAAAAAAUGAUGACUCAAAAAAAGAACAUUCAGUCGGAAAAAAAAUGCAAAAAAAGGUAAUCAUAAAAAAUUACAUUAAAGAAAAUAUGCAUAGAAGCAGUUGGUGGAAGUUUCAAAUAAAAUUAAUAUGAUAUGCUUGAUAAAAA